AUGGUGGCAGCAGGGCAGCCGUGGUGCCAGCGGGGCGGGUGGUUCCCGGGCUGCACCAAGGCCUUCACCCUGUCCUCCGGGCUGGUCCUCCACAAGUGUACACACACCAGGGAGCAGCCCCACGCCUGCCUGCUCUGCGGCAAGGCCUUCCUCUCCUUGUCGCACCGUGCCCUCCACCUCCGCUCCCACACGGACAAGCGCAAGUCCCAGUGCCCGGAGGCCCUUCAAGUGCAAGGACUGCAGCAACCUCUUCGGGUGCACCUCGCUGCCCACCGCUGCCUGCACACGGGUCAGAGGUCCUUCAGGUGCUGCCAGUGCGAGAAGGCCCUUGCCCAGAAGGCUGGGCUGAUCCUCCAUGCGUGCCUGCGCACCGGGGAACAACCCUACGAGUGUUUCAAGAGUGGGAAGAACUUCUGCUCCUCUGCCCACCUGGUGUUGCAGCAGCUUCUCGAGUGGGGCAAGAGGAAUUUCGAGUGCUCCACCUGUGGGAAGGCCAUCAAGCAGGCGUCAUCCCUCAAGCGGCACCUGAAGACCCAUGAGGCACGCGAGCCUCACCACUGCUCGAUCUGCAGCCAAGCCUUUUCCGAGUCCUCUUACCUUCAGCUUCACAUGAGAACACACAGUGGGGAGCAGCCAUACCUCUGCUUAGGUUGCAGCCAGACAUACACCGAAAUUUCUGCCUUUGAAAAGCAUUGUACAAAGCACCAGCAGGAUGAAGAGAGACCUGAUCCUAGGCCAAGGGCUACCGUGGCAAAUGCACUGGCUGAAAAGAAAAAGCAGGAGCAGAAACAGCAGCACCAAGGUGACAGCCCCGAGCAGCCUUACCAGGCUGACCCAAAGCAGCAGCAGCAGGUGGAAAGGCUAUGA